AUGGCUCCAUCAAGACCCACUACUCCAAUUGGGGAUAGAAGAAGAAGUGGACGUUACCUGAGAAGAUCUUCAGGAAUAGCAUUACCUUCACAAUCACCUAGACAUUUUCCAAUUGAAGUAGAUAAUUUACCAACUGAUUCUACAGACAUACUCAAUAAAUUCAAAAAUAUAGCAGAUUCAAUGGAUGAUUUAUGUGUAAAUAUGAAAGAUUUGAAUCAUAUUCAUAAUGCUAUUUCUGGACAAUUUAAUGAAUCAUUUGCAAGUUUUUUAUAUGGUUUAUCAUUAACAAUGUGGUGUGUUUCAUUACCUAAAUGUCCUUCCAAAAAGGCAUGGCAAAGAUUACAAUUAAGGAAAAGAAAAAGAGAAAAAAUUCAAGAAUUAAAAACAAAAUUAAUUGAAGCUGAAAAAUUAAAUGGUGAAUUGAAAAAUAAAUUAGCUGAAGAAUCAAAACUGUUUAUUAGACCAAGAUCUCAACAGGGAACUAAUACUAUUCAAUUAAGUAAUAAUAAACGGUUGAAAUUUAAUAAUGAAAAUGUCAAUAAUACAUCUAUUCCGUAUCAACGACUGCAUAAUAUUCCUUCACGUAUUCCACAACCUAUUCAAUCAAAUCAAACACAACAACAGAAACAAUUUCAAAAUAAACGAACUCCAAAUUUGAAUCAACCUCCAAGGUAUAUGCGUGGCUUAUUUAAUGAAAAUAUUAAUCAAUCACAACCAACGACACAAACGAAAAGUAUCAACAAGCCUAUAAGUCAAAGACCUCCAUUUAAGUAA